AUGAAGACCUUCAUCUUCCUUGCUCUCCUGGGAGCUGCUGUGGCUUUCCCCAUUGAUGACGAUGACAAGAUCGUUGGGGGCUACACCUGUCCGAGGAACUCUGUCCCUUACCAGGUGUCCCUGAACUCGGGCUACCACUUCUGUGGCGGCUCCCUCAUCAAUUCCCGGUGGGUGGUGUCUGCGGCUCACUGCUACAAGUCCCGAAUCCAGGUGCGUCUGGGAGAACACAACAUUGCAGUCUCUGAGGGCAGUGAACAAUUCAUCAAUUCGGCCAAGGUCAUCCGCCACCCGAGAUACAAUGCAAAAACUAUUGAUAAUGACAUCAUGCUGAUUAAAUUGAGCUCACCUGCCACCCUCAACUCUCGAGUGUCUGCUAUCUCUCUGCCAAGAUCUUGUGCACCUUCUGGUUCCCAGUGCCUCAUCUCUGGCUGGGGAAAUGUCCAGAGCUUUGGGGAAAAUUAUCCUGAUGUCCUGCAGUGUCUGAAAGCUCCCAUACUAACUGACAGUGCUUGCCGUAAAGCCUACCCAGGCCAGAUCACCAGCAACAUGAUCUGUCUGGGCUUCCUGGAAGGCGGAAAGGACUCUUGCCAGGGUGACUCUGGUGGCCCUGUGGUCUGCAACAACCAGCUCCAGGGCAUUGUCUCCUGGGGUGCCGGUUGCGCUCAAAGAGGCAAACCCGGUGUCUACACCAAGGUCUGCAACUACGUGAGCUGGAUUCAGCAGACCAUCGCUGCCAACUAA